AUGCCACUCCCCACUCUCCCUCCCCUUGUUCAUGUAGGCGAACUGCUAAUUAAAUCCACUAUCUUUCCAGGUGCUCUGCGAUCCCCGUUGCCACCGCCUUCGGUUCCGGAGGAGUCGCGCAGCAAAGCUCCUCCGUUCCUCGCUUCGUCGGUUCAAAACGCCGGUUUGAAGUUAACCAUCCACUCAGUCUACGAUUCUACACACGCAAACAGCAAGGAGCGCCUGGCAACCAACAAAUCCGACGCCCCUCAUCCGCUUCCUUCUCCCAUCAACCAGGUUAGCUGA